ACUGCCUCCAUCCGUGGUUCUUACAAAAUGGCGGUGGAUGCUUUACAGCGAAGUGUCUAGCGUCGUUCCAACAAAAGAAAUUUGUACAGAAGGCGUAAAUAUUUUUAAUUAGUGAUGUUGAAAAAAUUGUGAUAGUGAACACAAUGGCGGGUACAUUGAAUAAUGGGAUGUGCCGGUGUUGCGCUUCAGAAGGCUCUUUUAGAGACAUUUCUUCCAAAUAUGUUUGGAUGGGUGAAGAAGAGAUUUACGCUGAAAUGCUACGGGAAUGCUUCGAUAUCAAUUUGGUUAACGCAGAGAGUCAUGAUGGUGGCAUUUGCGAGGUCUGCAUCACGCAACUACGUAGCGCUGCCAACUUCAAGAAGCAAGUCCAGAUCACUGAAGAGCAGUUCAAGAAGAGAAUCAAUGAUAACAUGUUUAAAAAUAACAUAGUGAAAGUGGAAGUCAACAUGUUAGAUGAAGAUGACCACCAUUCAGAUAACAAUGACAACAACCUUUCAGACGACUUCUCCGGUCCAGAAUUUGAAGUGCCCGUGAAAACUGAAUCGGAGGAGGUUAAAGGCAAAAAACGCACCAGGGCCACAGCCGCGCGAACCAAGAAGGCGAAACUGAAAGGCGAGAACGAUAAUGCAGAAUCUUCUAAACGAACGGACGGAGAACCGCCCAAGCGCAGGAAAAAGAAAAAGAAAGGCGAUGAAAGCGCAACACCAGAGCGCGUAGAGCACAGGGUAAACUUAACCGCCAUCUUACAGUACUCCAACGCUAGCCCUUUCAGAGAUAAGACGAUCCGUGGUUUCUCCUGCCUCUACUGCGCCAAGUAUUUCCCUAGCAUCGACGAACUACGAACGCACACUGCACAACAAUCGGAAAAAGACAAACUCAACUCGAUGAUCGACUAUAAACUCAGCUACAACCCUAUAAAACUGGACAUAACUAACUUAAGGUGUACUAUGUGCGAUACGCAGAUGAAAGACUUGAGCGAUCUCAAAGACCAUCUGGUGGCGGUCCACAAUAAAUUCAUACACAAGAACAUUAAAGACAUAAUACUACCUUUUCGUUUGGAGAAUGGCCAGAAUUUUACGUGCGUCAUUUGCUCCGUAGUCCACAUAUCCUUCAAAAACCUCUACCACCACAUGAGCAGUCAUUACCGGAAUUAUUGUUGCAAGAAAUGCGGCGCUGGGUACAUUACUAUAGCGGCAUUGAGGAAACACGGGAAAACGCACGCUCAGGGUAUAUUCCCUUGCGAUUAUUGCGAUAAAACUUACACGUCCCUAACCAAGAAGAGGAAUCACGAAAAAGGCGUUCACACUGGUGGAUGGUUGCGUAACAAAUGCCCUCACUGUCCUCAAAUAUUCGUCAGCUACUACGACCGAAGCGAACAUCUAGUUAAAGAGCACAACGAAAAACCGAUAAUUUACCCUUGCAACGCAUGCAAUAAGACAUACAAGAAAAAGUUUGAACUCAACAGGCAUAUAAAACACCAUCAUUUGCAACAGAAGAGUUUUCUGUGCGACCAGUGCAACGCGAAGUUCUUUUCCAAGCGCGGCUUAGUGGAUCACUUAUCGAGGCAUACGGGCAGUGAAACGUUUGCCUGCGAUGUAUGCGGGAAGAGAUUUUUCCGAUUAAGAACUCUGAAAGAACACAUGAGGUUCCAUGAGGAUGAUAAGAGAUACCAAUGUGAAGUUUGCAUGAAGACUUUCACGCAGAAAUGCAGCUUGAAGAAUCAUCUCAAAUUGCACCAGGACAACUUAGACAUCUUCAAGGAGUUUGAGGAUGUGAAACAUUUGAUAGAUAAUAGAGAGAUGACCUUAAAUCAGAUUGCUAAUGAGAAUAAGAAGAAGAAGCAAGCGGAAAAGAUGAAAGAACAAUACAAAUUGUAGUCUAUUUCGUUACAAAAGUGAGAAAUGUUGCAAUAAGUAUGAAAAAUAAUAAUAAUGGAAAAUAUUUUAUGACAAGCAAACAAAAUGUUUUUGGAAUAUUUGUUGAAUUUCUGGUAUUAGGGCAAUUAAUUGUUAUUGAAUAUGAAAUGAUAUCGACGAAUAGAAAUAAAGAAUGAUUAUAAUAAUAUCAAUUAUUUGGUCCUUCCAAACUAAGCACAGCUCGUACUUUGAAAAUUAAAUAACGUAUAUAUUAUUUUACAAUUAACCAUGAAAAUUCAUAUAAAUUGAUAUGGAAGACGAACUCCACUAAAAUGUGGUUCCACGCAAACUGCAAUCAAGUGAGCGGAGCUUAAAAACUGCUAUCAUGGGAUUGGUUGGAACUUCCGUUUAACAUUAUUUUACCCCAUGAAUGGAUAGCCGAAUUCUUUUGCAGAUAUUUGAUUUGACGUUAGUUUUGAAGUUUAGUUGUAGGAGAUGGAACUAUGGUUAGCGGCCUUUAUAUGAGAAUAAUGCUUCCCUAUAAUUUCUAGUUCGUUGACGUUACUGAACAUUUAAUUUUCAUUUCUGAUUAUAAAGCUCCUGUUAUUUUUUAAGUCAUCGUGAAAUCCCGCUACUAAUAGAUAAAGCUUGAUGAUCUUUUUUAAACAACUAGAAUUUUAAUAGAGUAGUUAUCUUCAGUUCCACAAUAAAGUUGUAUCCAGUAAAGCAUGAACAUGGACAUAGAGAACGGUUGUACUGCGCGUUCCCAUGUCCAACUAUAAAGUAAAUCUGGGCAGAUAAGCAUAAUAAUAGUUCGUAUCGUUCUUUCUAUCCCUUUAAAGUUUGUAUGUUUGUUAUUCAAUCACGCAAAAAUACUGAACAGAUUUUAAUGAGAUUUAAUAUUCAUAGUUCAUGACCUAGAUUGAAAAAUGUCAGGUGCCUGUGGAAUUCUCAAAAAACUAAAUUUAAACGGAAGUCGCCGGCGGCUUCUAGUUUGUCAUAUUUACGCGAUUGUCGCUCCAUCCAUUCUCUAUGGGCAUGUCUACGGACAUAUACGAUCAUAAAUUCGGUUUCACGUAAAUUUUUAUGUAGCGUGACGCCUUUCGACUGACUGUGAUAAAAACUUCUAUGGGUCACUUUGCAUUCCCGUCGUUACAGGGAUGCGAAAAUUCUCGCUUCGAACUUACUAUAAUUGUUAUAUUUUCUACAAAUUAAACGCCACUAGUCAAUAUUGGAGGACCGUUAAUUAACAUGAACAGGCAGUAAGUAAUACCUAUUAAAUUUUAUCGAAUGAUCGUGAAUCUUAUCGAAGCAGACAAUAGCUCAAAAUCGAUCGAAAAAAUAUAUCAAUUUAUAUUUAUACCACUUAACAUCAGGUGGGGUAGAGUCAUUUGCCUCCCUGGCUAUAUAUAAAAAAAACAGUUUUGGAUAAUUUGACCUGUGGCAUCAAUGCAUGUAAUUGUUCGAGAAAAGUUUUGAAUCUUUUAAGUUUUUUAUUGAUAAAAUUGACAUAUUUAAAGCUAUAGAAUAUUGAUAUACAAUGGGGACCUGUAACUCUACCUUAAAGAUUUAUGAAUUUCAUAAAGUAUCAAAGUAUCAAAACAGAUCAUUCUAAAUAUUCACGAGUUUAAAAGUGUUUUGUAAAGCAACAUUUGAUAUUUCAAAGUUCGCCCGUAAACGCUAACUACCUGGACGUGAAUUUUAACUACACAUGAAAAAUUUUCGUAUUCUACAAAAACCAUAGACACCAUAUGCUCAGUACAAGUUCCCCAUCAAAAUAUAUUGCGCAUUAUAAUAGUUAUUUAUGAUAUUAGUGCGGUAAGUUGGUAAUUACAAACGAGUAGACGGAAGUCGAGGGUUUACCAUGGUCACGAGUUUGAAAAUACCAACCCACACGAAUAUCAUUCAACCUUUUUUCAACACAUUUGCGAGAAAAGAGUAUAAUUUUUAAAUAAUGAACCAAAACUUUUUCUAAUACGAAAAUGACACGCGUUUCCACAUUACGACACGUGCUAGUGAUGAAAAUUAGAACUACUUUUUUAUUUUUAGUAUUAAAGUGAGACAAACAUAAAUCAAAAACGCAUCCAAGGAGGUUCGAUCGAAAUUUAAAAAACCGUAAAGGAUACGCAUGGUGCCAUAUACCGGAGUGUGUGGUAAAUUUUUUACCACACGCUUUGUUGUAUGGUGCAUUUUUUUUGAGCUUACUAAAAAUGUACACAACCUCCGCAUAUGCAUUUUUUGAGCAAAUGUGUUGAAUAAGUAUUUUAAGUGAUCUAUUGUGUUAUGUAUAUUCAAAUGAUAUGAUCUGUUGACCACAUAAAUAGAUUAGUUUACCUACACCAUCAUCCUACUUUAGGUAGCGAUACACUAAUUUCUCGAUUGUUUUCGUCGGAAUCAUAAAAUUCGUGAUAUGAAAUAUGUAUAUUAUUACUAGAUAAAUAAAUUUAUUUGUAUUUUACAUGGAAACACCUUAAUACAUUUUCGCAAGUCAAUUUUACAUAUAAUUUUAUUGUGCUCUGCAAUCAUUAUUAAAAUUGUUUCAAUUUAAUAGUUUUAGCAACUGUAAUAUUGCCAUUCAAACCAUGUUAUAGUUUUAGCAACACUGUAUUAUUCAGAUGAUAAUGAUGUGUGUUUUAUAAUAAAAUUGCUAUAUUUAACAAUUUAAGAGUUUGAUUUACAUCUUUACAUCGGUAGGCAAUCAGAAAAGUUGUGUAUUGUCUUGUAUCUGUAAUAAGGCCGUUUAAUGAUUUUACGUUAGUACGAUAGUUUUAGGACGCUUAGAAACUUUCACUUUGAUUAAUUUUAAAACUAGUGUGUUAACACAACGUAAUUACGUUAUCCUCAGUUUUAUUUAUACUCUCCACUUAAGUUCAUUU